CAAAAGUUGACCGAAUUCCAUCAAAGCAGCAGCCCAUACUCGUCGUCAUCGCCGAAUCAAACUCUCACCAAUUCCUUGAUCAUCAAGUCCCCAGAUCAAUCCACAAAAUGGCCCCCAAGCGCGUUGUUGUCCAGGCCCGCCAGGAGCCGGUCCAGCCUAGCUUCUUCAAGGCUGCCUACGAGGAAGUGACUUCUCCUGAGAACCGCAGCUUGGUUACUGCUGCUGGUCUCUUCGCUGCCGGCGUUGCAUUCCUGCACUCCAGCUGGAGCGAGAUCCUCCUUCCUCCUGUCUAAAUCAAUCUCCUCUCCUCUUCCUUCACCGAAAAACGCCCUCCUAACUUCAAUAUUUCCUUCGUAUCCAUCCGAUAUUUUCCAGUCGGGGGCUGCGGCAAGCGCAUUUCCGCAUUCGCAUAAAAACCUGAGCGAGUCACGUUAUCUUUUUUCUUUUGAACAGAAUGGUAUCCGGGGCCUAGAAUUUAGAAAACUAGCGCGUUCAUGUGGUCUAGGAACGGGUAUCAAACAGAUCUCAGGGGACAAUCUCAACCUUUUUUCCUUCUUCUUCUGCCCGCUUGACUUGAGCUUCUUCUAUACGCUCUCGUUUCUGGCUAGAAUGUGUUAUAUUUUUCGAAAUUUUUUACUUGCGGAGUGACAAGGGCUGUCUGUACGAUUAGAAUCAAACGGUUUUGCCGAA